AUCGCCUUGUUGGGCAAUCCAAGCGUUGCCUAUUUAGAUGAGCCAAGCUCAGGCAUGGAUCCAGGUGCAAAACGCAAUCUAUGGAGCGCUGUAUCACAGGCUUGUAAUUCAGGUACAUCGAUUGUGUUAACUUCGCACAGCAUGGAAGAGUGUGAAGCGCUGUGCACCCGCUUAGCUAUUAUGGUGAACGGAGAAUUUAAAUGCCUAGGUUCUGCGCAACAUCUCAAAAAUCAAUUCUCCAAAGGAUAUUUGCUUACAAUUUAUAAUAAAUCCAAAUCGAAAGGAAAUCCUACGUCAACAUCAGUGAACUCAGACGUAGUUCAAACUCGAAUCAAUUAUUUCAUCCAUAAUAACUUCCAAGGCGCUUAUUUGAAGGAAAAAUAUCAAGGUCUUCUGACUUAUUAUGUGCCACAAACCCGUGAUUUGAAAUGGUCUUCAAUGUUUGAUCGUGUAGAAUCAGCCAAAAGUCUUCUUGGAUUCGAAGAUUAUUCGAUAAGCCAAGCUACGCUUGAACAAGUAUUCUUAUCGUUUACAAAACCGUAUGAUGAGCAAACGCAAAACGAUUAUAAUUAAGAACUUUCAACUUAAACCAAGUCAAACUCAAUUCGAUUUAAGAUUCAAGUAUGAUCUUAUUGCUUUACUAUGUGUCAGAUUUAUGUUUCAAUUUUGUUUAGUCAAAAAAUAUUGUCUCAAUAUGGCAAUUUUAUUGAAAGCAAUGUCAAUUUUAUUGACCGUUUUGUCAUUUUUAUUGGAAGAUUUGUUUAUUUUAAUAGAACUUCUAUUAUCUUUAUGUAAUCUUAAGAUAUAAAAUAUCUCUUAUUCUUUAUGUAUAUAAUCAUGAAAACUUCAAAAUUGGAUUACUCUUUGAAGAAAUAUCAAAUAAGCCGGAUUGAAUAAAAUCAUUAAAAACAUUCAAAUUCAAGAAAAUUAUCAAAA